AUGUUGUGUUCUACGCAGAUCUUGCAGUUGACGCUCCUCAAUCAUGAGCGCAUCCACAUUCCCGUGUUGACCGAUGCUUGCUUGGACCUCGGCAGACAAGGCGAUGAACUGCAUGUCGAGGUGAAACGGGGGAAAGGCGUCUGCUUCUCUGAGCAUGAUCACAGUGAACUCUUCGUGUUCAAGUACUUUGCCUCCAUCGCCAAAGGCUGCGCCAGCCUACCUGAGUGCGAGGCCCUGCUCAUGCAGCUCGGGUCCGGAUUGCCUUUGAGCCUCCUGUGCCAGCUGACCAACACGGGCCACCUCAACUUCUUCCUCGCGCCACUCAUCCAAACCAACUGA